AGUAGGUAAAGAAAUAUAAAUUCAAGAGGAGCCUCUAUAAAUAAAAAUCACCCGAGCUUCGAAUUAAAUUUAAGAAAUUGUAUACUGGAUAUAAGUUUUAAAAUAGUAGAAAUUACAGAAAUUCAAUAAUGACGUUUGUCAGUAAUCUUUCUGUAGCUGUAAUAUGUUCAUCAAAUAUGAACAGAAGUAUGGAAGCGCAUCAUUUUCUUGCGAAAAAGAAAUAUAAAGUGAGAUCAUUUGGAACGGGUGAUAAAGUAAAACUCCCUGGAACAGCCGUUGACAAACCCAAUGUUUUUGAAUUUGGAACUCCUUACUCGGAAAUUUUCGAAGAUUUGGCACAAAAGGACAAGAAUUACUACACACAAAAUGGUCUUUUACAUAUGCUGGAUCGUAAUCGAAGGAUAAAACUAGCACCUGAAAGAUUUCAAACCUGUACCGAACAAUUCGAUGUCCUCAUAACAUGUGAGGAAAGAGUGUACGAUCAAAACCGUGAAAGCACAAGCAACGUUCCUGUUCAUGUCAUCAAUAUAGAUAUUCCAGAUAAUCACGAAGAAGCUGUUGCUGGUGCAUUUCUUAUUGACGAUCUCGUUUCAAUGCUUGCGGCAACCUCAGAUCUUGAUAAUGAAAUCGACGAAGUUUGUUAUAGUUUUGAAACAGAAAACAACAAAAACAUUCUUCACUGCAUUAUGUUUUAUUAA